GGUGGUCCGGUGCAGUGCUCGUCUUUUUUAAGCACAAUCAUUCAGCUUUGAGAGACUUUGAUUUACGAGACGUGCGUUCAGGUCUUUUGGUCGUAGCUAUUUGAACCUGUUUGAGCUUGGGGAGCGGCGUGGUGUCAGAUAGAUUACAGCGGAUUGACAUGUAUCCUCCGAUGAAGCAGUAGUUGGAGGAUCUUGGUCGCACAUCUCCUGUUACAAACGGUCUUUUCCCACAGUGUGGAAAAGUGAAAAAGAAGGGGUUCAAAAUGACACCAACGUAUUUGUAUAUGCAGUCUCCCAUGACAUCUGGCUGUGAUCCUGAUUCCAAAUUUCCCGACGAGACUCAAAAAACGAAAGUUUCACAGGGAACGACACUUACAUGUUUCCACUCAAUUAUUAACGCAUAACAAUGUCUUACGAGUCAGCCGCACAUCAAUAGCACGACAGUCUCGAUGAUUGAUUGACCAAGACUGAUAACUGUGAGACUGUGACAAAAAAAAAGAAGACUGUCUCCAGUGAUUGCCCUUUUUUUAGAGGCAAUCAAGCCGACCUCAUUUACGCUCUGCUGGCUGUGUCUGAGUUGCUCAGGCAGACUCCUCACCGACUGAGAGCCCCAACAUGAAUGCUACCGGCCACCUCGGGGCCGGCAGCCUGUGCGCCAUAUGUGGAGACAGAGCCACCGGCAAACACUACGGGGCCUCCAGCUGUGACGGCUGCAAGGGCUUCUUCAGACGCAGCGUUCGCAAAAACCACAUGUACUCGUGCAGGUUCAACAGACAAUGCAUCGUAGACAAAGACAAGCGAAAUCAAUGCAGAUACUGCAGACUGAAGAAAUGCUUCAGGGCCGGCAUGAAGAAAGAAGCUGUGCAGAAUGAAAGAGACAGAAUCAGCACCAGGAGAUCCAGCUACGAAGACAGCAGUUUACCAUCCAUCAACGCACUCAUCCAGGCAGACGUGCUGUCGAGACAGAUCACCUCGCCGGCUCCGAUACUGAACGGCGACAUAAGGGCCAAAAAGAUCGCCGCAAUCACGGACGUGUGUGAGUCCAUGAAGCAACAGCUGUUGGUCUUGGUGGAGUGGGCCAAGUACAUCCCAGCCUUCUGUGACCUGCCCCUGGAUGACCAGGUGGCGUUGCUGCGAGCUCAUGCUGGAGAGCACCUUCUGCUUGGCGUCGCAAAGAGGUCGAUGCUGUACAAAGACAUCCUCCUAUUAGGAAAUGACCACAUCAUUCCCAGAAACUGCCCGGAGUUGGAGGUCGGCAGGGUGGCUGUGAGAAUCCUGGAUGAACUGGUUCUCCCCUUCCAGGAGCUUCAGAUAGACGACAAUGAAUACGCCUGCUUGAAAGCCAUAGUUUUCUUUGACCCAGACGCUAAAGGUCUGAGUGACCCGGGAAAAAUCAAGCGGAUGCGAUACCAGGUCCAGGUCAGCUUGGAAGACUACAUCAAUGACAGGCAGUACGACUCCCGGGGCCGCUUCGGGGAGCUGCUGCUGCUGCUGCCGACGCUACAGAGCAUCACCUGGCAAAUGAUCGAGCAGAUCCAGUUUGUCAAGCUCUUUGGCAUGGCAAAGAUUGACAACCUGCUACAAGAAAUGCUUCUUGGAGGUUCUGCCAAUGAGGCUCCACAUGCACCUCACUCUCUGCACCCUCACCUGGUUCAAGAGCACCUCAGCACCAAUGUUAUAGUGAGCAGCAACAUCCCGACGCCGAUCCAUAACGGUCAAAUCUCCACUCCUGAAAGCCCGAUCCCAUCUCCACCUACUGCCUCCAGCUCAGAACAUUAUAAACUGGCUCAGGGGGUCAUAGCCAUGGUGCCCAAGCAGCCGACCUCCAUCCUUCAGCCUACUAUUACAAAGCAGGAGGCCGUUUAACAAUCCCCUGAAAUAUUAUUCCUUCUUUUUUUUUAUUGUGUUAAUCCAGGGUCUAUAUGUGUAUUGUCAUACAUAAACAGCAUUAAAGCUGUUAACUUGACUGGAACAAUAAAGUUGCUAAAUAUAAAGAACAUAAUUUAAAUUAGUCCGCUGCAGAUUGCUGUUGAUCUUCAGGGAUAUUUGUUCACAACACGCAGCAGCAGUUAAACCACAGCUCAGCAGAAGACAGACAAAAUGAAUAAUAUCCAAACUAUCCACACAUACUGUUGUUCUGCACAGCUAACAUGUAGGCCGACGUACAUUGUUGUAUAUAUGUAGUUUUUUUAUUGGGUAACAUCACUUAUUUUCCAAUGUCCUCAGUGUGUGCAGUAAGGCUCAUUUUUGACAUGGCGGUGUGGUCAUGUCAGUAUUUUAUGAAUGUUACAACAGGCCUUGCAUUGUAAUGUAUUUAGUGUUGCACAGUAUUUCAUGUUAUGGUUAUUAGGGAUAAAAUUAUAUCAACUUUCAGUCAGGAAGUGUGUAUGAAAGCUGACAGAAAUCCCGAGUUCAGCUGUUAAACACAUGGUGAAAACCAAAAGAUUAUAUGUUGUUGAACACAUUGGAAAAUACAUAUUACAGAAGCUAAAUUCAACAUGUUAAAAUUUACACCAAAAACCUUGUAGUGCCACUUUAUAAAAGUCACAAGCACGCUGAGGAAGUUUCCCAAUAAUAUGUUGUAUUUCUUUUUUUAAUAUAUAUAUAUAUAUUAUAUUUUUUGUUUAGUACUUUGGCAAGUUUUAACUAUUGGAAUAAAUUGUCUUAAAAAGUGUGUCUUGUAACCUGAACUGCCUUACAAAAAAGGCAAUAUUUUGCCUCACAAUGUGAAGAUGAAUGAAUAAAUUUCAAGAUCUAUUUUUACAUUG